CUGACAAAAAGAAGAGAGAAUUGCAUUUGGUAAAUGAAAGUGUUACCAAACGAACCUUAAACCUUGAUCGAUUUGUGAUCUCACGCACACGAACCUCUCUCACUCUCAAAACAAGAAACACUCAAAGAAGAAAGUGACACAGAGGAUUUACGAGUUCAGCUACUCGGGAUGAGUAAGCCUACGUCUCGGCUGGAUUCUGACCAGCAAUUCACUAUAUCAAUGGAGUUUCUCAAGCUUUUACACACACCGUUACAAGCUCAAGAUCAGAGGAAGAAGAAGAAGAUACAAUAUCAAUAUUGUUAUGUCUCCAUAUUCAACUGUCCCUAUCUUCCUGUCUGCAUUUCAUUUCAACGGCUACCAAUAUCUACGUACAGUGAUGUCUUCACUGCAAACACCUUGAACGAAGAGAGAUGCAAAGAGUUGAAGAUGGGUACUUACCUAUCUGUUGCUGCUGCCUCGGCGAAUCCCCAUCAUUUCAUCCACCUUGUCUAUAAACCUGCCAGUGGCUCUGCUAGGACUUGUACUGGUUACCAAGAUGUUUUGUUGGGGUUACUUGAUAUUUUCUUUGAUGCUUCUCUUGCCAUUUUUAACGCUCUUUUUGGCUUGAGCGUUAACUUUUGGAUGAAAAUUAGCAUGAGGUUUCUCCUUGGGAAUUGGCCUCUCAUGUCAUCUAUCAUUGUGUAUUGUAUUCUGUGUCUACAUGAGACAGCAUACUCCGAGAUAUUUGCACUAUGGGCCAACAGUCCAAGAAGAUAUGGAGGUCUCGGCAUAUUCUUCUUUCAAGUUUUUGUUUAUCCUUUAGCCAAGAGACUGCUAGGACCUGUGCUGGUAACUCAUUUUGCUGAGGCACUGAUGAGUGAUGAUACCAAUACAAGCGGCUUAUCCAUUAUAGCAAAUUUAUCAAAUCUCAGUCUAAGCUUGAUGUUAAGUUGUCCAUCAAUCCUCCUAAAUGUGCUAAGUUACAGAACAGAUCCUAGCAGUCUUUGUGUCUAUAGAAUCUCAUAUGGUGUUCCUCGUCCUGAAUGUGAUAGUCCUGGUCUAAGUAGCUCUCAGGUUCAAGCCAUUUCUAACCACGUCUCAAAGGUGAAAUCUGACAAGGUUAUUGACUACAUCAAGAGGGAAUACAACAUCAAGGACAAAUGGGAGAGAGAAGAGUUCCUGAGAUUUUGCCAAAGAGUGGAAUGCACCAUUAGAGCUUGGUACCACCUUCACUUUGAGGAUCUUAUGCAACUGUAUUCACUCUUCGAGCCCGUCCGUGGUGCACACAGGCUUAACCAACAGAAUUUAUCUACUCGUGAAAUCGAUGCUCUUGAAGAUCAGUUUCUUCUUCAUUUAUUCCAGGUCAUGGAGAAGAGCAACUUCAAAGUGAUAACUAAUGAAGAAAUACAAGUAGCCCUCUCUGCUCAAUAUCGUCUCAAUCUUCCUAUUGUUGUUAAUGAAGCUAAGCUUGAUACAAAGUUGUUAACAAGAUACUUCUCCAAGUUUCCGCGUGAUGAUCUUCCUCAUUUCGCUGAUAAGUAUAUAAUAUUCAGACGUGGGUUUGGGAUAGAUCAUAUGAAAGCUUACUUCUUCCUAGCCAAAAUAGAUACAAUCCUUGUCCGUAUUUGGCACUUUCUACUCACCAUCACAUGUUUAAAAAGACUUGUUUAUGGGAAGAAGAAUGAUGUAGGGUUGUCAGAGCAGAUUGAUAUUAGUAUUGAAACAGAGAAGGAUAGUUUAUACAUCGAAAGAAUCCGCAUAGAGAAGCUCAAGCUCAGUCUCUCCAACUUGAUGAAAAAGAUAACCAUCCAAGAGCCAACCUUUGAGAGAAUCAUUGUAGUAUACAGGAGAGUCUCAGGGAAGAAGGAAUCAGAAAGGAACAUAUAUGUGAAACACUUUAAGACCAUUCCAAUGGCUGAUAUGGAAAUUGUGCUUCCAGAGAAGAAGAAUCCAGGUCUUACGCCACUGGACUGGGUCAAGUUUCUUGUCUCUGCUGCCAUUGGACUGGUCACAGUGGUAAGUUCAGUGAGCCUCAAAAAAGCUGAUAUCAGAGUCAUUGCAGCCAUACUUAGCACAGUCGUUGCCUACUGCGUUAAAACAUAUUUCACGUUUCAAAGAAACUUGGUAGAUUAUCAAAGUCUUAUAACAAGAUCUGUGUAUGAUAAGCAGCUAGACAGUGGAAGAGGUACUCUGCUUCACUUGUGUGAUGAAGUCAUCCAACAAGAGGUUAAAGAGGUCAUCAUUUCGUUUUUCAUGCUGAUCAAGAAAGGGUGUCCCACAAGCAAGGAGGAGCUUGACAUGAAAAGUGAAGCAUUCAUCAAAGAAGAAUUUAACGAAAGCUGCAAUUUCGACGUGGAUGAUGCUAUCACAAAGCUUGAGAAGCUUGGACUUGUAUCUCGUGAUUCAGAAGACAAGUAUAGAUGCGUGGAAAUGAAGGAAGCAAACGAGAUAAUGGGGACAACUACGGAAGAGAUGGUACUCAAGGCAAGACAAGGUGGAGAAUAUGAAGACGAGGAUACAACAGCGACAGAGCCUCAAAUGAAUCCUCAAGAUAAACUUACAGCAAAGGAGGAACGUUUUCAAUCUCGGUAUGAUGAGUUUGAGACCUUGUGGAUGUAA